AUGCCUCCGCAUCGCGACCCCGCCGGCAAGCAGUUGCUGAUAACCCACGCGCGCAGCUCGGGUGACCACUCGCAGAUGUUGAGCAAGGAUAGGGAGGACGAGGCUCGGCUGCUCGGAGCGACUUACCAAAAUGCCGACUCCCUCGUCAACAAGAAUUACCCGCACUUGGAAGACGCACAUGACUUUGAAGCCUCGGGUCGGCCGAGCAAGCGGCGGCGUCAGGAGGGCCUCAAAGCCGUCGAUCUAACGCAUGAAGAUCUGGCUGGCCCGGCAUCCUCAGUGCACGAGGUUUCGGUGUCUGGACAUCGAUCGUCCCGGCUCUCUCCCGGUUCAACCUUCAGCCCGGCAAAACCCAGGAGCAAUGGCCGUCCUACAUGGCACCCCGAAUACCGCGUCGUGGAAGAUAUGCUUAGAUGCGAGCGCAGUCCACGCAACCGCACAAGAGAUCGAUUACCAUCCCACACAGGCUCCCUGGACGAACAAUUUACCGCUGGAGCUGCGGUCCAGCGGCGCUAUUCGGGAUUCAACGUUGACAACGCUGAUCAGCAACCUACGCAAGCCUAUCUUGACCCGCUUCGCCUGAAGCGUAAUGUGCUUGGGAGUAUUGAGAUAGCAGCUCCCAAGGGCAAUACUUCUGAGCAGAUUCAAUCUCAAACUGGUACACAGCCCUCGAUUCCGUCAAACAUGGCUCGAAUUGCCCCCGACUCUGGCGACAGCCCGGAUGAAUUGCAGGGUGAAGUCACAACGCAGCCGGUCCCGAAGCGUCUUGAAGAAAAACAUAACCAGAAACGCCGGAAACAACUCCACGAGCAAAUCAUGGUUUCUCCAUCCCGGAAACGCUCACCAGCGGAUAUCGAGCCCACUGAUUUUGCGAGGUCGCCUCGACAGGGGCUCAAGAAGUCCAAGCAUGAGAAUCGGGGCUCUGAAUCGGCUCUGUUCUAUAUUUUGUCGGUGCGGUUCGGCACUAUCAGUAAGACUGUCGAAAAUGGUGAAGAGGUAGUUAUCCGUGUGAGCGAUGAUAGGAUCGAGCUUGGAAAAGCCAUCACUGGUGGCAAACCAGUAGAAGUCCUGCUGCGCCAUAUCAGGAGCGCGUAUCAGGGAGAGGACAAAGUGCGUCUGCAGUUAUCUCACUAUCAAGGUUCCCCCGGUGCCUAUGUCGACAUCCACUUCUCGAGGGAAGCAAGUAAAAGACGUUUUGUGCAGUUGCUGGAGAAAUGGUGUGACGAAGUUCCAGAAAAGGAUUCGAAACAUAUGGAGAAGCUUUUCUCAAGAUACGAUCGUGAAAUGCUUCAGCAUGGCAAUAAUGCCAAAGCUCCCUUUCUGGAUUUUGCCCCAUCUCCACCGCCAUCUACCUCUGUCAAACACGCCACAGGCCAAAAGCUCUCUUCUAUGUUAGAGGGCUCUGCCGAUGAGUCCGAGGAACAUGAAGAGGAUGGAAACAGAAGUGAACCGCAAGAGAGCUCAAAUUCCAUAGAUGGUGCUGGAGAAUUCCAGGAGAUGCCGAACGGGCGGAAGCAAGACGCUGACACCCGUGUUGAAAUCCCGGUGAAAAAGUCCUACGGAGUUCAAUCUCGCCAGCGCGAGACAAGACCGGCGACCCGACGGACCACUAGACUCUCUGACCGGCUGAAUUGCGACGACGCAUCCGCAGACAAAACCGACCCCGCCCUGCAGAACGAUACCUUCCGAAAGAACUGGAAGGAACCUUUGGUGUAUCCAAAAAAUGGAAAGAAAAAGGAGGAGGUUAGUGUCGAAGACCGCGACCGACUGCGUGAGAACGAGUUCCUGAACGACAACCUGAUCGCGUUCUACAUGCGCUUCCUGCAAAACCACCUCGAACGCACCAACCCCGAAGCCGCGAACCGAGUUUACUUUUUCAACUCCUACUUCUUUGCCACUCUUACGAACAAGGGGUCUCGUGAGAUCAAUUACAGUGGUAUUGAAAAGUGGACUCGGAACGUUGACCUGUUCAGCUACGAUUAUAUCGUUGUUCCUAUCAACCAGAAUGCGCAUUGGUACGUUGCCAUCAUCUGCAAUCUGCCAAGCUUGGUGCUGGAUCCUGCAGUCCGUUUGGAGUCCCCUGCACCUAUGAGCGACAAAGAGUCUCUGAACCCGCCGCAAAAGGAAGUGCAGGAGGUUGCCGAGUCCUCUAAACCUGAACCAGCGCCUGUUUCGGCCAAACCUUCGGAAGAGGAGCCCGAGAAGGAGCAAAGGCCAGCCCCUAUAUCUCCACAUUCGGAAGAAGCACGGCAGUCUUUCGCCUCUAUGAGUCUUUUAGAACAGCAGAAUGCCUGCGUCGAGACAGAGGAACAGAAGAGACCAACGUCAAGAACGCAGGAUGGGCCCAGUCUCGAACACACCCCCCUUUCCUCCGCUGCGAUAUUGCCUGCCCACCAGGAGCACCCCGCCCCGACAUCUCAGCAGUCGGGCAAGACCAAGAAGAAGCGUGGUGGUGUCAAGCUGGACCCCCGCCAGGCAGCCAUUAUAACCUUCGACUCGCUCGACCUCGCUCGCUCGCCCACAAUCCGGUUACUGCGUGACUAUAUCUGUAAAGAAGCUGCGUCCAAACGUGCCAUGGAAAUCAAAAACCCACUGGCAGAAAUCAAGGGUAUGCGUGCUCAAAACAUUCCUUUGCAGCCUAAUUACUCGGACUGUGGGCUGUACUUGCUGGCGUAUUUGGAGAAGUUUGUGCAGAGCCCUGAUCAAUUCAUCACCAAGCUUCUCCAAAGAGAGAUGAAUGUGCAUGACGAUUGGCCUUUGUUGGGAUCUGGGCUUCUUCGAUUGCGCUUGAGGGAUUUUCUUGAUCAGUUGUACCAGGAGCAAGCAAGUGACAAGAAGGAGGAUCUUAUGGUGGAUCGACAGCCUAUCUCGUUUUUGCUGGGCCCGCCGGGGCCGAAUCGAGAGGAUGCUGAUGGGCAGCCACAGAAGACUGAGGCGCAGGACUUCGCCGCGUCUUCAAAGGGUGACGAGACUGCUGGCAAGAAGGACGUGGAAGACCGUGCUCCGCAGGAGAGUGGGGAGCUAAGUGAUAGCGCGACUUCGGACCUGCCUGACCUGGUGCCUAUUGACCCAAGAGCUUCCCACAACUCGACUCGAGAAACGGCUGAACCACCCGCAGCUGAUAUCGUUCAGCUUCGCCCUCCAGCCAAUGACCCGGAUGUCCACGGAAUACCCGACAGCCAGGAGCUGCCUACUUCCGCUUCCACCCGGUCAGAUCCAGCAUCUAGUCACAAGGAAAAGAAAAAGCCCGGAAAGGCACACGAAGAUGCUCCCAUCCGGAAGGCCGACCGUAAGAGGCCCACCACCCCAGACAACACGGAAGUCCUGAACCUCGAGGCGGUCACACACAAAUCGGCUCACUCACCCAUUAUCGAGGUCCGAGUUCCACCCACAGUUCAAGUCCCGCGCACCCCUCCGCGGCAAGAAGCAAGGCAAGUGCGCAAGAGCCCGCGAGGCAUGACAUGGAAGAGUUGA